UAAUAUAUAUAUUUGGAUGAUCAUGGUAUCGUGCCAGUAACUGAUUAUCUUAGUAUUGAGCCAUAUGUGAUCGCAGUGAACUCGAAAUUAGCAUAAUCUAAUUAAUUCAUUUAUAAUGUCUCGUUUAUUAUUGUGUGUGUUUGCUCUUCUAGUCGUCGUUUGUAUUGAUGCAGUCCCUGCACCAAAUCCAGCACCAAACCCCGACCCAGCGCCAGUGCCUUCACCUCAAUUUGGAGGUUACGGGAGGGGAUUUGGCAGACCUUAUGGAGGUUUUGGAGGAUCAGGCUUCGGAGGGCGACGGCGUUUCUCUGGAGGGUCUAUAAGUUACUCCAGAAGCGGUACUAUCAGUUUUGGACGUGGUGGAUCAGCGGCACAAUCAAGUGCUGGUUCUAUAGGAUUUGGGAAAUAAAGCAAACUAUGGAUGAGACUUUUUAUUUUAUACCUCUAGUUAUAGUUAUGUAGUAGUUAUGCUAAUAUUUUUAUACCUCUAGUUUUAUGACUUACUUUUAUUUAAAACAAAAAUUAUUAAG